CUUUAUUAUUAACCACACACAUCCGUGCUGUUCUGCGGACCUUGACUCUGGUGACAUUCAAGUUAACACGUGAUCUUUAGGCGAUGGUUACAAUCAUAAGGCAAAUAUUAUCACCAUGGUAACUAACUCAGGUAUGUUUGCAAAACCCCAAGCUAAGCAUUUCUUUGGAGCAACAAUACAGUCUGGAGAAAAAAGUGUGGAUACCUUUAGCUUAUUUUCUGACAAACACCGUCCGAAACCAUGGCGGUGACACAGACUUUGGUAGUUGGUCUGUUGUCAGUCUUGUGGAUUCUUCACGCCCAGCCGUCUGGUGCCCUGCCUGUUCAGGGCAAGGCGGGAAGCAUUGGUACCGACAUCCGAGUUUCCACGCCGCCGGGCAAACCUGACCCCAAGACCCCUGACCAGUUUUCUGUGAACGACACUUCAGACUCGGUAGUAUCCGGAAAGCAGCACAGAUCCUAUCGAAACGAUGACGGACCGAAAACGGGCCUGAUCGCUGGAGUGACUGCCUCUGGAGCUGUGGUGUUCUUCAUCGUCAUCCCCUGCCUCAUCUGGUGUCUGUGCCCAAAAUACCUCCUGUGUUACUGCUUCAUUUUGAGGUGUUGUUGUGCAGAGGACUUAGAUGUUGAGGGAUGUUAA